AUGUUUUCUCCAAUAUCAACCUCGGGAACAGGGGCGAUUCUAUUUCAAAUAUUUCCUAGUCUACCUCAUAAUCAUCGCUGUCGAAUAAUUCAACUUUCCUAUGUGGGACUAAAUGCAAGGAAAGCAUGUUUACGGAACUCUUCAUCCUCAUCUCAGUGGAAAAAUAGACAAUCGAAAGAUCCUUUCGCAAAAGAGGCAAGAGUUCGUCAGCUGAAGAGUAGAGCUGCAUUCAAACUCCUAGAACUUGACUCCAAAUACACGCUAUUCAAAAGGGGCCAAACGGUAGUUGAUCUCGGGUACGCACCAGGAAGCUGGUCGCAAGUUGCUAAAGAGCGGACGAAACCUAACGGACGUGUCUUGGGUAUUGACAUCCUUCCUGCCUCACCUCCUUCCGGGGUAUCGACUAUCCAAGGAGACUUUUUGACGCCCGGAGUUCAGGCAGAGGUCAAAAAGUUCUUAUCAGAAAUCGAUCUUGGAAGGUGCAGACCACCUGCCUUUCCAAGUUCCAGCGAACCGGAUCUCUCAUUAUUGGGAGAAGAACAGAGCUACCUCGGACGUGAUAGAGAGGAGGAGAGCCAGGAACUCUGCAAUCAACCAGCCUUGUUAUCACAAAGCGAAUCAUAUAAAGUUGUCGAUGUUGUUCUGAGUGAUAUGUCAGAACCCUGGGAGAUAAUUCAAAGUCACUGGAAUAGAACACUUAGUGACCCAUAUCGCAGGCUGAUGAACACAUCUGGUAUCAAGUUCAAAGAUCAUGCCGGCAGUAUGGACCUAUGUAACGCAGCCUUAAAUUUUGCCCAGGAGACUCUCAAGGUUGGUGGUCACUUUGUAUGCAAAUUUUAUCAAGGCUCUGAAGACCAUUUGCUCGAGACAAAGUUGAGGAAAUUAUUCAGAAACGUAUACAGGCAGAAGCCAGAUUCAUCUAGAAACGGGUCUCGAGAGGCAUAUCUUGUCUCACUUAACAGGUUGAGUGUGUAA